AUGGAAUAUCCAAAGCGAUUACAAAGUAACUAUGUUAAUCAUUGUAAUGACAAUAAAAGAAAAAGAUUAAACGUGACAACAACCGAUUCAAACAAUUCAUUGACGAAAUCUAUAAUUCGUUUUGAAGAUCUUUCAAAUGAUAUCAUCUAUGAAAUAUUUGAUUUUCUUGAUUUUCGACAUGCAUACGAUGCAUUCUCUAAUCUUAAUAAGCGUUUUCAAAAUUUUCUAACAAAUUUAACUCUUCCUAUUAAUAUUGAUAUGUCAUUCAUGUCGAAAUCAGAUUUUCAAAAGUAUUACAAACAAAUUAUUAUACCUAAUACACAUCGAAUUAAAUCACUUCAUCUAUGA